CCACCGUAGUCAGGUGGCUACAGUCAAGAUGGCGGCUUCCGUCUUCACGGGUGCCAUGAGAGCUGCUUCAGGAAUAUUACGGCCCCUGAAUGUUUUGGCAUCUUCAACCUACUGGAACUAUGCCAAGAACGCCUGUCUUAAGUCUGCACUGUCCACCAUCCACUUCAGACAUCUUCAGACACCAGUUGUCUCCUCUGCUCCAAGACUUGUCACAUCUGUCAGAAGCCUGACACAUGGGCCGACUGCAGCAGUCCUUAAUAGAGUGGCCACGCUGGUUCCCAGUGUCCUGAAGCCGCCAGUCAGAACUCUAACAUACUGCAGCAAACGGAAAGGCAAGAGGAAGACAGUAAAAUCGGUCGUGCAUCGGUUCCUGCGACUUCAUUCUGGCCUUUGGCUGAGGAGAAAGGCAGGCUAUAAGAAAAAAUUAUGGAAAAAGUCAACGGCAAGAAAGAAGCGCUUGAGGGAAUUUGUGUUCUGCAACAAGACCCAGAGUAAACUCCUAGAUAAAAUGACGACGUCUUUCUGGAAGAGGCGCAACUGGUACGCCGGUGAUCCUUACCAGAUGUACCACAAUCGAACGAACCUGCGGGUAUAGUUCAGAGCUUUCCUAGGCUCCCUGCUGAGGAAUAUGGACCUUUGUGUGCAUGUCCUUGCAGAAGUGAGUAUGUGGUAAACUGUGAACUGACCUCCUGAUAGACAAACAGAAUAGCACCAUUGUGCUUUAAAAUAAAGGUCCAUGCAUUAAA